AUGGUUCAUUCGACUCGUGCGCAGAGUGCUAAUCUCGAAUCUUCAAGCGAAAAUGAGUCUGAAGCCGAUGUAGUACGUGAUAGUGAUGUUCUCAGUGUCAAAGAAUGUAAAUCGUCAUCAAUUCAGGACCUUUCUGGACUUUUUCGCGAGGACGGGAAACCCGUUUAUUUUUUCCUUUACAAAUUGACAGAAGAGCGCCAGAAAGUUAUCAUUGACAAAAUCCUAAGCCAUGGAGGUCGCGUGACUCAAUCAGAACAAGCGGCUUCCGUUAUUCUCGUUUCUAAGCCGCUCGACUACGAACUUUACCACGACAAGUACAAUUCCUCAAAAACGACAUGGGUGGAGACAUCUGGAUUCGUCGACCGGUGCAUCAAUCGCGGUCGAUAUGAACAUAUUGUCAUUCAAGCAGCCAUUACUGGCGGAAGACGAAGAAUCGAGUUCACUGACGCUGACGAGGAUAAUUUGUGCAAGUGGCUUGCUCUUCGUGUUCCGUACAAGGACUAUGGUGGGCGCGGUGGCAAUGGCUUGUAUAAGGACUUGGUUGAGCGGCCUCAAAAAUACAAUCAAUGCCUAUGGGCAGAACGUCAUACAUGGCAGUCAUGGCGUGAGCACUACCAAAAGAACGCAGAUCGACUCGAUCCAAUCAUUGAAGACCUCGUAAAAGCUGACCCCCCUCGAGCGGAUGGCAAGGGCCAGUACGGGUACAGACGCAGUCUCGGUGCCCCAAAACCUGGACGCAGGAAGGGCUAUAAUCCAUUCAAACGCAAGAUCUAUUUCACAAGCGAUGAAGAGGAUGUCGAAGAUGUGAGUGACGGGAUUUCUUUUUCCGAAGAGGAGAGGGAUGGUGGUGAUCAGGAGGAAAUCAGUGCCAGGAAGCAUGUGGGUGAAAGAAUUGGACAGGAAGAAGAGGAGGAGGAAGAGGAAGAGGAAGGAGAAGGGGAAGGGGAAGGAGAGCGGAAGCUUCGGAGAUCCAUCAUCAUUUUCUCCUCUGACGAAGAACAAGAGCUGAACGCGGAAGUAGAGGAUGAAAGGUCAGGCGAAUUUGAUUUUCAGCCUGAUGAUUUGAACAUAUUUCCCCCUGAAGAACCGGCAUGGCCAUCAACUAACGCCAAUCCUCCGUUGCGCGCACCAUCUCCAUCUCGCAAAGCUCGCCCCGUGGUCGAAAUUGUGUCACGCCGUUUACCCAGGAGUUCUACUCAUGAUGCUGAAUCGCAUGCUGUCUCUGCGAAAGACGCACCUUUUCGUAACACGCGCGCGCGUUCUCGAUCUGUCGAGCCACCUGAAAGAACAGUGAAGAGGCAAAAGUUGUCUGGGGCCUCGAGGGAUCGCGGCGAAACUCUACCAUUGGUUAGGGAAGACGGAGAAGCCGAUACACCUGAAGGCGAUGAUACAACCCAGGAGAUUGCUUCUGUUGAAGCAAGGCUCUUUGAAGAUGAAGAUGAUGUCGGUGGUCAUCAUGGUCAGCUGAGCGCCGAUGAUCGGCAAACGUCUGAACGGUUUCAUGUGAUAGGAGGGCGCACACAGAGGGGCUCUGCAGCUACUCCACGAGCGCGCAUUCCAAAGACGCGCGCCUCCGCAGCCAAACCCGUCAACACACUGAAGUCGCUUUCUCCUACGUCAAGUUCGGAGAUCUUUCCGUCGCCAGACACAAGGGCCCGAGAUGAAGCAGAUAGAAGAGAAUCGGCAGCCAAGCGACAGCCGUAUAUACCGCCAGUUGGGACACGAGCCAGUCAAUAUUUGUCAAGGCAGACUUCACGACGUAGUCGCAAGAAGUAGCUGAGCAUCCAUUCACCUUAUUGCUAUUCACGGAGCCGUCUGCAUAUACAACAUCUUUAAUUGGUCCGAUAUACCAAUUCCAUCGAUGAACUUACCUACCAGGUUCGCUCAGCGAAUUAUGCACUGAAUACUAUAAUUGAGCUGCUGGGUCAG